AUCGCUCCCCCUGGAUCUUGUUGUAACCUGUGACAUGAGGGCCACCCUCUUCCCACCCCGGCACGGUGCAGCCCCCCCUCCACUUCCAUGAGCUUCUCCAUGUGACCCCUGCCUCCCUUUUCUCCACCUAGGCUGUUAACGAGGUGGCUUUGGGCUUUCCCAACGUCAUGAUCCUGCUUCUAGAUGUGACAGACCCCAACAGCAUCAAGGCAGCAGUCAGGAAGGUGCAGGCAGAGGUGGGAAGUGCUGGCCUCAACCUCCUGAUUAACAACACCGGCACCACGCGCCGCAGCACCUUGGCCACCGAGACAGCAGAGAACAUGAGCCUCGUCUACACCACCAACACCAUCGGGCCCCUGCAGACCAGCCAGGCCUUCCUGCCCCUGCUGAAGAAGGCGGCUGAGGCCGAAGGGCAGCGUGAGAUGAGCUGCAGCAGAGCUGCCAUCAUCAACAUCUCCAGCAUCCUGGGCUCCAUCGAGGUUGCGGAGGCUUGGGAGGAGAGGCAGGACAUCUGCUACCGCUGCAGCAAGGCUGCUCUGAACAUGCUGACCAAGUGCCUGGCCCUGGAGUACGGGAGCAGCGGGAUCCUCUGCGUGUCUGUGGAUCCUGGACAUGUGACACCUCCCUUGGAACAGGGGAUGGGCCCGGUGACGCUGGAGGAGAGCGUGAGGGGCGUCCUGCAGCUGCUGGCCCAGCUCUCAGCCACCAACAAUGGCACCUUCUGGGACUGGAGAGGACAGAGGCUGCCCUGGUGAGAGCAGCAUCUGCUCAGUGAGCUUAAAUAAUUAAUUAAAGUUAAUUAGUUGUCA